AUGAUUCAGAUGUUCACCGUAACCUUGGAAGACUGAACUCUGUGGAACAGUCUUCACAGCUCCUGUGAAUCCAAAAUGACCACCCUGCCCCCACUGCCCAUGACAUGCCCGAAGCUUACAGCCUUAGCCAGACAGAAGCUGCCUUGCUCCUCCAGAAAAAUUCCAAGGUCUCAAUUGAUCAAAGAAAAAGAAGACAUAGAUCAUUACCUAGAGGUGAAUUUCAAAGGAUUGUCAAAAGAGGAGGUUGCUGCUUAUAGGAACUCCUACAAGAAGAACAUCUGUGUGGACAUGCUGCGAGAUGGUUAUCAUAAGUCCUUCACCGAGCUCUUCGCUCUGAUGGAGCAGUGGGAUGCCCUGAGGGAGGCUGCGAGAGUCAGGUCCCUCUUCUGGCUGCAGAAGCCCCUGGAGGAGCAGCCUGAUAAACUGGAUUACUUCUACCAUUACCUGACCAGGGCUGAGGACGCUGAGAGAAAAGAAUCCUUCGAAGAUGUAUAUAACAACUUGUAUGCUCUGGCCUGUUACUUCAAUAACUCUGAAGACAAGUGGGUAAGGAACCACUUCUAUGAACGAUGUUUUAAGAUUGCUCAGCUGAUCAAAAUUGACUGUGGGAAGAAAGAAGCUGAGGCACACAUGCAUAUGGGUCUUCUCUACGAGGAAGAUGGUCAGCUUCUGGAAGCUGCUGAGCAUUAUGAAGCAUUCCAUCAAUUGACGCAGGGGCGGAUAUGGAAGGAUGAGACAGGCCGCUCUCUCAACUUGUUGGCCUGUGAGAGUCUCCUGAGGACUUACAGAUUACUCUCAGACAAAAUGCUGCAAAAUAAAGAAUACAAACAGGCCAUCAAAAUUCUAAUAAAAGCUUCUGAAAUAGCCAAAGAAGGAAGUGACAAAAAGAUGGAAGGGGAAGCCUCUUACUACUUGGGCUUAGCACACUUAGCUGCUGAGGAAUAUGAAACUGCAUUAACAGUCCUUGACACUUACUGUAAAAUCUCCACAGAACUGGAUGAUGAUCUCAGCCUGGGGAGAGCCUAUGAAGCCAUAGCCAAGGUCCUGCAGAGCCAAGGAGAUACGACAGAAGCAAUUAAAUACUUGAAAAAGUUUGUGAAAAUUGCAAGAAACAAUUUUCAAAGCCUAGAUUUUGUAAGAGCAAGUACAAUGCUUGGGGACAUCUACAAUGAAAAAGGAUACUACAACAAAGCUUCUGAAUGCUUUCAGCAAGCUUUUGACACAACAGUAGAGCUAAUGAGCAUGCCUCUGAUGGAUGAGACAAAAGUUCACUAUGGAAUAGCAAAAGCUCAUCAGAUGAUGCUUACAGUGAACAACUAUAUAGAGUCUGCAGAUCUCACCAGCCUCAACUACCUGCUGUCAUGGAAGGAGAGCAGAGGUGACAUUGAACCUGAUCCAGUUACUGAAGAGUUUCGAGGAUCCACGGUGGAAACUGUAUCUCAAAAAUCAGAACAUUUGGAAGAACUCAGUAGAUUUCCAGGUGAUCAAAAAAAUGAAACUUAAAGCAGCUUUUCACUUAACGUCAAAGCGAGAAGAAAUCCAUCAUGUCACCUUAGACUUCAAUACUUG